AUGGGAGGCCUGAACCAGUCCAGCAUCUCUGAGUUCCUCCUCCUGGGCCUCUCCAGGCAGCCCCAGCAGCAGCUCCUCUUCCUGCUAUUCCUGACCAUGUACCUGGCCUCUGUCCUGGGGAACCUGCUCAUUCUCCUGGCCAUCAGCACCGACAAUCGCCUACACAUCCCCAUGUAUUUCUUCCUCAGCAACCUGUCCUUUGUGGACAUCUGCUUCUCCUCCACCACUGUCCCCAAGGUGCUGGCCAAUCACAUGCUGGGCAGCCAGGCCAUCUCUUUCUCUGGCUGUCUCACACAGAUGUAUUUUGUUUUCAUGUUUGUUGACAUGGACAAUUUCCUCCUGGCUGUGAUGGCCUAUGAUCGCUUUGUUGCCAUCUGCCACCCCUUACAUUACACCACAAAGAUGACUCAUCAGCUCUGUGCUGUGCUGGUGGCUGGAUCUUGGGUUGUCGCCAACCUGAAUGUUCUGUUGCACACCCUGCUGAUGGCUCGACUCUCCUUCUGUGCAGACAAUGUGAUCCCCCACUUCUUCUGUGAUGUGACGCCCCUCCUGAGACUCUCCUGUUCAGACACUCACCUCAACGAGGUGAUGAUUCUUUCUGAGGGCGCCCUGAUCAUGAUCACCCCAUUUGUCUGCAUCCUGGCCUCCUACAUGCGCAUCACCUGUGCUGUCCUGAGGGUUCGGUCCACGAGGGGACGAUGGAAAGCCUUCUCCACCUGUGGCUCCCACCUGUCUGUGGUCUCCCUCUUCUAUGGCACCAUCAUUGCUGUGUAUUUCAACCCUGCAUCCUCUCACUCAGCUGAGAAGGACACCAUAGCGACUGUGCUGUACACAGUGGUGACCCCCAUGCUAAACCCUUUCAUCUACAGCCUGAGGAACAGAGACCUCAAAGGGGCUCUAAGAAAGGUGAUUCUCUUGCGAUCACCCUCUACCCACUGGGCUACAGCCCCCUAA